GCACAAUCACCAUCACCACAAAAGGACUGUGCUGUGCUCCAAGUUUGACUAUGGAUCUUUUUUUUUUCUGAGACGCUAGCUGUUGAAAUGCCACGUUAUUCAACCAGAUGGGAGCCUCGGUUCAUGUCGCUGCCUUCACAUCUCUUUUAUCAGAUGCUACUGCAGGGAAACUGGAGAGAUGUCAAGAUAGCCGUAUAAGUGGCAACGUCUGCUUAACAUUUCUGUCUUUCAUAAGACGUCGCGCUCGCUUUCUAUAGGGCUGUCUCUAAGAGAUGCAGAACUUUCAACACGUAUGCACGUUUCAGAUUCAGGUUAACUAAAUUCCGUAGCACUGGAGAUUUUACUGGUAAUCCGUAAAGUGGUGUGCAAACUUGUGCACGCUCUCUGUUGUACUGGCGGAUUUUGUCUCGCCCUCUUACAGUCGAUGCUAUAUCCUUGAAAAGUAGCAUGGCUUUGAAAACUCUGUCACCUGCGAGAGGAUAAAGGAGUGUGAUCCUUCAUUCACUGUCGAAGGGAGGUGGAUGACCGCACAUGGAUAUAGAGAUUUUAAGGUGGAGGUGGUGAGAGAUGCUUAAGACUAUUUUUUAACCUGGGUGCACUUGUGAUGCAGCCUUGAGAAGGCUGGAGUUCGAGACACAUAAGAGCAAACAUCAGCACAAAAAGUGAAGGAGAAAAAGGGUGGCUCUGGCCAAUUAAAUUAAUUAAGAUUAAAACCAAACAAAUCCCAUUUGUCUUUUUUCUUUAUAAGAAGGUCCCUCGUCAACCAGCAAGAUUUCGUCCAAAAGCAGACAAGAGGAUCGCCCUGCUCUGACGAGACUAGUCGGCAGGAAGCGGCUGAUCGCUGCUGGGGCUCUGGGGGUCGUCAUGGUACUGGUGUUGGUCAUUCUGAUACCGGUCUUGGUGAACUCUGCGGGGACUUCGGCGCACUACGAGAUGCUUGGCACCUGUCGGAUGGUGUGCGACCCAUAUGGCACUAAAUCCCCAGCUAGCACAGCCACAGCGGAGACCGUACGCGACCACAGUCUGAUCCAGUCUCUGCCCACCUUCAUUCAGGGACCGAAGGGGGAGCCAGGACGUCCGGGAAAGGCUGGUCCCAGAGGUCCGCCAGGUGAACCGGGACCACCAGGUCCAAUGGGUCCACCUGGAGAGAGAGGAGAGCCCGGACGUCCUGGACUACCCGGACCACCGGGUCCAAAUACUGCUGCCGGUGCCAUAAGUGCUGCGACUUACAGCACUGUCCCAAAAAUAGCCUUCUACGCCGGGCUCAAAAAGCAGCACGAGGGCUAUGAAGUACUGAAGUUCGACGAUGUGGUCACCAACUUGGGCAACCAUUACGACCCUACAACGGGGAAGUUCACCUGCUCUAUACCAGGAAUAUACUUCUUCACCUAUCAUGUUCUGAUGCGAGGAGGGGACGGGACUAGUAUGUGGGCUGAUCUAUGCAAGAACAACCAGGUUCGAGCAAGUGCUAUUGCCCAGGAUGCUGACCAGAACUAUGACUAUGCCAGCAACAGUGUCGUCCUGCAUCUUGAGCCCGGUGAUGAAGUCUAUAUUAAACUGGAUGGAGGGAAGGCACAUGGCGGAAAUAACAACAAAUACAGCACAUUCUCUGGAUUUAUCAUUUAUGCUGAUUAAAACAUCCUGAAAUAAUAGAUCUUUUUCCUUGGUUAAGUUUUAUUCUUCCUGUCCGAGGGCUGGAGCCCUGCUAGCCUAUUGUCAGUUCAAGUGAAGAAAAGUAGAUUGGUGUUGGGAAUCAUUUAAUGGAGGUCAGUGAGCAAGAAGAGAGCCAAAACUACCUGAUUAACAUCUGUACUCUCUAAAAGACUAUCUGUAAAAAAUGUGAGUUAAACAGAUGUGCAAAUCUUCUAUCGCCAAAGCAGUUACUGUGCAUAUCUUGUUAAUGUAAUCUGAAGCAUAAGUAAGUAAGACUUUUUAUAUAAAACAAAAUCUAAGGUUGUACUUUUAAUAGUAGUAUAUCCCUGUUGUUUGUGACAUCUAAUGGUUUCGGCCAGUGCACUGCAUCUGAUUCUUGUGUGUUGCCUGUUAAUUUGGAUGUUGAAAAAAACACUGGUAAUGUGUGCCAGACAAAAGGAUGGAAAUUUCUACUGUAAAUUACAGUAGGAGUGUAAUACUUAUUCUACACAGAAUCGCAAUGUCUAUUUUAGGAGGUGCACAAAUGAGAAAAAGUUAAACAGUACAAAAUUUAAACAAAUAUAGGCUUUUCUGACAAUAGGAUGGCUUAAGUAAAGCGUACUAUACAUUUCCAUACUAUAUUGCUUACUUAGUAAACUUAAAAAAUGGCAAAAUAACGAGCAUCACACCUUUGCAUAUUUUAAUUUUGUUUUAAUUUAUAACUGUAAAUGCCAGCGCCAAGAUCACAAGAACUGUGCACUCAAAGAAAAUAUCAUUUUGGCUUAGUCGUCUAGAUCUACCAAAUAUACACUUAAUUAAAUCUACUACAUACUACUGAUAAAACAGUUAUUCUAAGACUGUGAAUUGGGUUAUUCUUGAUGGAAGUUUCCCCACAUUAAAGCAAUGAUAGUGCUAUCAUUAUUAUCAUUAUCAUUAAAACUAUCUAAUGUUUUACAGACUGGGCAGAAAUUCAGGCUGGUUUGGGUCAGAUUUCAGUCUACAUCUGAGACCAAAGUAAUUAAGAAGUUUUCUCUGUCACAGAAAUGCUUGAUAGUAUCUGACAAAGCAGUGAGCUAAUUUUAUUUUUAUAAAAUGUGCAAUGCAAAAAUGUGAGCUAAUUUUCUCAAUUUAAGCAAGAAGCAAGCUACAGUAUUUAUCUGAAAUGUAAAUAAAAUGAUAAAAUGAAUAUAUAAAUGUUAAGUGUUUGAGAUAAUCAUAUUCUUUCUAAAUGUUAGCUAUAGGACAAUUAUGUGAACAGCACAGUUAGGGCUUGGAGCCAAACUAAUUUGCGAAAGGUCACCUGUGUGCCACUGAUGCAGGAAGAAAAUAAAAUUAAUAUUUAUUUUUCUUAAAAAAGUACAUUUCUGACCCCCAAAAUUAUUGUAAAGCAGCCAAAGUACCUAGUAAUUAAUGUAUGUAUAUUCUAAAUCUUACUUUAUACUUCUUGCUAAAGUGGAGAAUGUUAUGAAAACCAAAAUGAAUACUCAAGAGUAGUACUAUUACAUUUAACAAUAAAACUUAAUUAUUUACAUUUA